AUUUUACUCCAUAAAUCGUUGGUGGAUUUUGUAUACCAUACAAAAAAUCCCGCCAUUUGAAAACCCAAUCAAAAUUCAGACAUCCACCUUUUUUUACUCUCUCUCUCUCUUUCCUCCUUCUCUGCAAAGCACAACUUUCCAAGUGUUUUUUUCUCCAUUUUACUGACCACUGUCAAUGACUAUUCAUCAAAAGGACACAAUAUGUUAUUAUAAAAGUUAUUGGAACUUAGUGCACCAUAUUAAUUAUACUAGUUUUUUUUCUUCUUGAGUAAUCCAUUGCCAUGAUAUCAUUUACCCACUAAAUACUCUUCUCUUUCUUCAAAAUUAUCAUGACUGUCCAAAGUUCAAAACUUUACUAGUGAGACUGUGAGAGUGUAUAAUUUGUUUUUGUUUUCUUAUUUUAUUUUAUUUUUUUGAAUUUUCCUUCUUUUUUGAUGAGUGAAAAGACUUAAAAUUGAAGGCUAAAAAUCUCAUCUUGAAGUUGAAUUUGCAAAUGGGUUUGCUCAUUUUGAUAUUUAGAGUAGUUUUGGUGGCUACCCUUUUCAGCAUUUGCCCUCUUGCUCUAACACCAGAUGGUAUCACUUUGCUUGAAAUCAAGAAUGUUUUGAAUGAUACCAAUAAUGCCCUUGAAAAUUGGAGAGAUACUGAUGAUACACCUUGCUUUUGGACUGGGAUUUCCUGUAAUUCCAAAGACCAAACUGUCAUUUCUAUAAAUCUGCCUUACAAGCAACUUGGGGGGAUAAUUUCUCCAAGCAUUGGGAAGCUUACUAGACUUCAAAGACUAGCACUACAUCAGAACAGCUUGCAUGGUUUUGUUCCUCAUGAAAUUUCAAAUUGUAGUGAGCUCAAAGCUUUGUACUUGAGAGGCAAUUAUCUGCAGGGUGGCAUACCAUCUGAGAUUGGAAAUCUCUCUUAUCUCACCAUACUGGAUUUGUCUAGUAACUCAUUGAAGGGUGCUAUACCAUCCUCCCUAGGGCGAUUGACUAGGCUUCGUUAUCUGAACUUGUCGACGAACUUCUUCUCAGGGGAGAUACCGGAUUUUGGUUCUCUCAGCGCUUUUGGGAAUAAAUCAUUUAUUGGUAAUUUGGAUCUUUGUGGACGACAAAUGCAUAAACCAUGCCGAACCUCACUUGGAUUCCCUGCAGUCUUACCUCAUGCAGAGAGUGAUGAAGCUGCAGGCCCCACUAAGCGAUCAUCUCAUUACAUUAAGGGGUUGUUGAUUGGGGCAGUAUCCAUGCUAGGAGUGGCUCUUAUAGUGGUAACUGCAUUUCUUUGGGUUUGGUCAGUAUCAAAGAAAGAACGAGCUGUUAAGAAAUACACAGAAGUCAAGAAGCAAGUCGAACCUGAAGCAGGAACGAAGCUCAUAACUUUUCACGGUGAUCUUCCAUAUCCUUCAUUUGAGAUCAUUGAAAAGCUGGAGGCUCUUGAUGAAGAAGAUGUCGUGGGUUCAGGAGGAUUUGGUACUGUUUACAGAAUGGUCAUGAAUGACUGCGGCACAUUUGCUGUUAAAAGGAUAGACCGAGGUCGUGAAGGCUCUGAUCAAGUUUUUGAAAGGGAAUUAGAGAUCUUGGGCAGCAUCAAGCACAUUAACUUAGUGAAUUUGAGAGGCUACUGUAGAUUACCAACAUCAAAGCUUCUUAUUUAUGAUUAUUUGGCCAUGGGCAGCCUAGACGAUUUGUUGCAUGAACGUAUGAAUGAUGAAGUAUUAAGCUGGAGCGCUCGUUUAAAGAUAGCGCUUGGCUCUGCUCGUGGAUUAGCCUACCUUCACCAUGACUGCUGCCCACGAGUAGUUCAUCGUGACAUAAAAUCAAGCAAUAUACUUCUUGAUGAAAAUAUGGAGCCUCAUGUUUCUGAUUUUGGCCUUGCCAAGCUUUUGAAAGAUGAAGAGGCUCAUGUUACAACAGUUGUUGCUGGUACUUUUGGGUACUUGGCACCUGAGUAUCUGCAAAGUGGAAGAGCUACAGAGAAGUCAGAUGUUUACAGCUUUGGUGUUCUUCUAUUAGAGCUUGUAACAGGAAAAAGACCUACUGAUCCAUGUUUUGUUCAGAAAGGCUUAAAUGUUGUUGGCUGGAUGAACACUUUAUUGAGAGACAAUAGAUUAGAGGAUAUAGUGGAUAAACGGUGUCCUGAUGUGGAUCAAGAUACAGCAGAAGCAAUUCUUGAUAUAAUAUCACGAUGCACGGAUGCAGACCCAGAACAUAGGCCAUCUAUGAACGAAGUUUUGCAGGUCCUAGAACAAGAGGUCAUGUCACCGUGCCCUAGCGAUUUCUAUGAAUCUCAAUCAGAUUAUUGUUAAGAUAACUGGUGGAGCUUAGGAAGUGAGUCUUGUAAGAGGCUAUGCUAUGGUUGAUAUAAGGGUGUGCCCUGAUGUAGACCUUAAGCAGCAGAAUUAAUUCUCGAUAUAGCUUUCUGAUGCACUGAUGAAGAUCCAGGGCUUAGGCCAUCAAAUGAACAAGGUGUUGCAGGUUCUAGAAUUAGAGGUCGUUUCGCCUUGCCCAUGCAGUUUUUUGUAAAUUUCAUUCAAAAUAUUGCUUAAAGAUGGUGGAACAUAGGAGGAAGUGAAAGUCUUGUUAGUUGUAUCCUGGCUACUAUGAGCUCUUGUAUAUUAAAUUAGUUGAUUUUGCUGUGCAUUUUGUUCAUUCACAUCCCAUAUUCAUCCAGCUUUAUCUUCAAAUAAAUUGAUCAACUUUAUCUAUGA